CCGAAGCUGCUGGGGCGGCGGCGGUGGUGGCGGUGGCGGCUUGGCCGGGCGUCCGCGGGUCGUGGGGGAUGGGGGCGGCGAGCUCCAGCCCUCGGCGGAGGCGGCGGCGGCCGUGAGUGUUGGGCGGGCGUCCGCGUCCGGGACGCAGGAUGGAGCGCCGCGGAUUUCAGUUUUUCUGACUGUUCUGUGGAAGGAUGAUUGCUCACAAACAGAAAAAGACAAAGAAAAAACGUAUUUUGUCAUCUGGCCAACUCUCCACAGAUGUUACAACUCCUGAAAUGGGGCUCAAGUCCAUAAAUUCCAAUUCCAUUUUUGAUCCGGAUUACAUCAAGGAGUUGGUGAAUGAUAUCAGGAAGUUCUCGCAUAUGUUACUAUAUUUGAAAGAAGCUAUUCUUUCAGACUGUUUUAAAGAAGUUAUUCAUAUACGUCUGGAUGAACUUCUCCAUGUUUUAAAAUCUGUAAUGAAUAAACAUCAGAACCUCAAUUCUCUUGAUCUUCAAAAUGCUGCAGAAAUGCUUACUGCAAAAGUAAAAGCUGUGAACUUCACAGAAGUUAAUGAAGAAAACAAAAACGAUCUCUUCAGAGAAGUGUUUUCUUCCAUUGAGACCUUGGCCUUUACCUUUGGGAAUAUCUUGACAAACUUCCUUAUGGGAGAUGUAGGCAAUGAUUCAUUAUUGCGACUGCCUGUUUCUCGAGAAAGUAAGUCUUUUGAAAAUGUUUCUGUGGAAUCAGUGGACUCAUCCAACGAAAAAGGAAAUUUUUCUCCUAUAGAACUAGACAGCGUGCUAUUGAAGAACACGGAUUCUGUAGAAUUGGCUUUGUCUUAUGCCAAAACAUGGUCAAAAUAUACCAAGAACAUAGUUUCAUGGGUUGAAAAGAAACUUAACUUGGAAUUGGAGUCCACUAGAAACGUUGUCAAGUUGGCAGAGGCAACUAGAAGUAAUAUUGGAAUACAGGAGUUUAUGCCACUGCAGAGUCUGUUUACCAGUGCCCUUCUUAAUGAUAUAAAGAACAGUCGCCUUUUACAACAAACAAUUGCAGCUCUCCAAGCCAACAAAUUUGUGCAGCCUCUACUUGGGAGGAAAAAUGAAAUGGAAAAACAAAGAAAAGAAAUAAAAGAACUUUGGAAACAGGAACAAAAUAAGUUGCUGGAAACAGAGACUGCUCUUAAAAAGGCAAAAUUGUUAUGUAUGCAACGUCAAGAUGAGUAUGAAAAGGCAAAAUCUUCCAUGUUUCGUGCAGAAGAGGAGCAUCUGUGCUCAAGUGGUGGAUCGGUAAAAAAUCUCAACAAGCAGCUAGAAAAAAAGCGAAGGUUGGAAGAGGAGGCUCUUCAAAAAGUAGAAGAAGCAAAUGAACUCUACAAAGUUUGUGUGACAAAUGUUGAAGAGAGACGAAAUGAUCUGGAAAAUACCAAAAGAGAAAUUUUAACACAACUCCAGAAACUUGUUUUUCAGUGUGAUCUUACCCUUAAAGCUGUGACAGUUAACCUCUUCCAGAUGCAACACCUUCAGGCAGCCUCCCUUGCAAACAAUUUACAGUCUCUCUGUGAUAGUGCCAAACUCUAUGACCCAGGUCAAGAGUACAGUGAGUUCGUCAAGGCCACAAAUGCAACCGAAGAAGAAAAAGUUGAUGGGAAUAUAAAUAAACCAUUAACAAAUAGUCCCCACACUUCUGGAUACAGACCUACCGACUCGUUAGAGGAUGUAGUGCGCCUUCCUGACAGUUCUAGUAAGAUUGAAGAGGACAGAUGCUCCAAUAGUGCUGAUGUAACAGGUCCUUCUUUUAUAAGGUCAUGGACAUUUGGGAUGUUUAGUGACUCUGAGAGCACUGGAGGAAGCAGUGAAUCUAGAUCUCUGGAUUCUGAAUCUAUAAGUCCAGGAGACUUUCAUCGAAAACUGCCACGAACUCCAUCCAGCGGAACCAUGUCUUCUGCAGAUGAUCUAGAUGAAAGAGAACCACCUUCCCCCUCAGAAGCUGGACCCAAUUCCCUUGGAACAUUUAAGAAAACAUUGAUGUCAAAGGCAGCUCUCACUCACAAGUUUCGAAAAUUGAGGUCCCCCACAAAAUGUAGGGAUUGUGAAGGCAUUGUAGUAUUCCAAGGUGUUGAAUGUGAAGAGUGUCUCCUUGUUUGUCACCGUAAGUGUUUGGAAAACUUAGUCAUCAUUUGUGGUCAUCAGAAACUUCCAGGGAAAAUACACUUAUUUGGAGCAGAAUUCAUACAAGUUGCAAAAAAGGAACCAGAUGGCAUCCCUUUUGUACUCAAAAUAUGUGCCUCAGAGAUUGAAAAUAGAGCCUUGUGUUUACAGGGAAUUUAUCGUGUAUGUGGAAACAAAAUAAAAACUGAAAAACUGUGUCAAGCCUUGGAAAACGGAAUGCACUUCGUAGACAUUUCAGAAUUUAGUUCACACGACAUUUGUGAUGUCUUGAAAUUAUACCUUCGACAGCUCCCAGAACCAUUCAUUUUAUUCCGAUUGUACAAGGAAUUUAUAGACCUUGCAAAAGAGAUCCAACAUGUAAAUGAAGAACAAGAGUCAAAAAAGGAUAACCCUGAGGACAAAAAAUGGCCGAGUACAUGUAUAGAAAUAAACAGAAUUCUUAUAAAAAGCAAAGACCUUCUAAGACAACUGCCAGUGUCAAAUUUUAACAGUCUUCAUUAUCUCAUAGUUCAUCUUAAGCGAGUCGUAGAUCAUGCAGAAGAAAACAAAAUGAACUCCAAAAACUUGGGGGUAAUAUUCGGACCUAGUCUUAUUAGGCCAAGGCCCACAACUGCUCCUGUCACCAUCUCCUCUCUCGCCGAAUACUCAAACCAAGCCCGGUUGGUGGAAUUCCUCAUCACUUACUCACAGAAGAUCUUCGAUGGAUCCCUGCAGCCACAAGAGGUGGUCGUGUAUAGUACAGGUGGUGGUGUACCUCAUGUUGAUCAAGGUUGCCUUCCAAAGCCUCUUUUAUCACAAGAGGAAAGAGACCCAGAACAUUCUAUGAAGACACUGUUUUUCUCUUCAAAGGAGGAUAUGCACACUGUGGAUAGUGAGACCAAAAUUUUUGAGCCAGCUACAUCAUUUGAGGAAUCAGAACGGAAGCAAAAUGCAUUAGAAAAAUGUGAUACGUUUCUCAUUGACAACAAAGUGGGUCUGCUUGUAAACCAAGAGCUUGAGUCAGCAUCACAAAAGAUGGAAGAUAUCUGUAAAACUUCCAAGCCACUUACUUUGAAAUCAGAAAGGGAAACAAACAGUGUUGAAAGGCAUGCUCCACGGACCAAAGUUAGACCCGCAAGUUUGCCUGUAGAUAGACUACUACUUCUUGCAAGCCCUCCUAAUGAGAGAACUGUCAGAAAUAUGGGAAAUGUAAAUUCAGACAAGUUUUGCAAGAAUCCUACCUUUGAUGGAGUUAGUAGGAAGGAUAUUCCUACUAUUGUCUGUUCCAAAUUGGACGGUUUUGACCAGCAAACUCUACAAAAAACUCGGGAGAGACAGUAUGAACAAAAUGGCCUCAGUGCUAAGACUGCAGCGGGAAUGGGAACUGUGAGCGUCAGGAUCGGUGGGGACCAGCCAGACAGCGCCCCCUGGCCCAGUAAGCCAUACACAGAACCAGUCAGGUCAGUGAGACAGGUGUCAGAGAGACGGUCCUCUGACUCCUGCCCUCCUGCGGCUGUCAGAGCACCCCGAACGCUGCAGCCCCAACACUGGACCACGUUUUACAAACCACGUGCUCCCACCAGCAGCCUGCGAGGGGAUGAGGAGAGGCUCACAACCCCCUCCCCAGCACUGCCUCCCAGCACAGUCCCCACCCCCCAGGGACCCCUGCUAAAAACAGUCCCAGCCUCCGACAAGGCACCUGCUGCCUCCACGCAGUCCACCAGCAAGCCGGGAGAGAACUCUGAGGAGCGGGACUUGCUGGAAGUGCCUCCCGCGUGUCAGAGACCGAGACUAAAACGAAUGCAACAGUUUGAAGACCUGGAAGACGAAAUCCCACAGUUUGUGUAGGGUUGUCAGAAUCCAGCUUUUCUUUGUUGUUUUUUAUUUUGUGGUAUUGUGUUUGUUUUGUGAAAGAAACUUCUGACAGGGCCCCUUCUUUACAGUAUUGCCACAUCAUGGGUUUUGCUUUUUGUCCUUGUAUCGUGUUAUACUGCGUUGGUCAUAUUGAAUGGUAGACUGUCUUGAUAGGGCCCCCAUCUGCGCCUCACUGGAAUUCUCUGUAUUUUUAAAGUUGUGAAUAAAUAGGUGGACUCAUGUUUUUUAAAGUUUAGUUGAUUUUUCCCAUAAAAUGGUCCAUUUAAAUGCAUCCCUAAUAUAUGAUAUAGUUCUCAACUAAUAGGUGCAAUUGGGGAAAAUCUGCUUUAUUUUUUGAAGUGAAACUACGUUGCUUAUUUAUAAAAGGACUAUUUCUGAAUGCAAGUGCCUGAAAGAUCUUUGUCUGGUAUGGUUGUUUUGUUCACAUGAUUUUAUAGUGUGCAUCUUUGACCUCUCAUAUGUAUGUAACCUUUUAUUUUUCAAUUGGCAAUUCACCUAUUAAUAUUUACACAAUGGCCAAAAGGCUUGCAAAUUCUGUAUUUAAUUUCAUUUUGAUUAAUGGCCAGAUUUUCCAUGUGGUAGUUAGUUGAACUGUUCAAAGAAAGUACACUUAAACUUGUUUCUAAAUUACAUAGUUCAGUUUUGUCUUAUUCGGAUUUAGAUGGUUUUAACACAUUUUAUAUCUUUUCACCUCUCGCCUUGUUCUAUAUAAACUUGUUUUUCAACAGUUCUGAACGUUUUGGUAUUUUAUACAUUGGUCCAAAAAUGUUUUAAAAUUCAGUGCAUUUCCUCUUCAUGUUGUCUGGGAUUUUUUUUUUUUUUUUAAAACCACUACUUUGGUAUAAAAUGUUUUUACUUUUAAGUAAUUUUAUGUACUUUUUCUACCUGAAUUUUUAGCCAUUGACAAUGUAUGUUUCAUCCAAAUCAUGCAGAGAUUUUAUUUAAGUUGAUUCUAAGUAUAAUUUGGCAAGCCUCAUUGUUUGGAAUUUGAGAAAAAGUAUAGAUUGGAUGGAUAUAUUUCAUUUAUAAAAUUCCUAGUUUUUAGAACUAGUGCAGUUCUGUGAUUUUCUGGGUUACAUCAUUUUGCCUAAAACAGGAUAUAAAAGGGACAAAAAAAUUAAAACAGCCUUUUUUUCUAUGUGUGAA